AUGCGCGUGAACACCAUCAUCGACAUCUUCCACCAGUACUCGGUGCGCCUGGGCCACCCGGACCGCCUGAACCAGAGAGAGUUCAUCCAGCUGGUGAAGAAGGAGCUGCCUAACUUCCUCAAGAAGGAGAAGAGGAAUGAAAAGCUCAUCAAGGACAUGCUGGAGGACCUGGACACAAACGGAGACAAGGACCUGAGCUUUGAGGAGUUCAUCACCCUGGUGGGCACGCUGACGGAGGCCUCCCACGAGGAGAUGCACAAGAACACCCCCAAAGGGCACGGCCAUGCCCACGGGCCAGGCUUCGGGGAGUCUGGCCGCAACCCCUGCAAAACCCAGGGUGGCAACCAGAGUGGCGGCGGUGGCGGCCACGGCCACAGCCACGAUGGCCACGGCCAUAGCCACGGUGGCCACGGCCACAGCCACUAA